AUCAAUCUCCCCCCACUAUACAAAGCCCCCUCUCACAUCCUAUUCUCUCUCUCUACUCAAAACAUUGCAACCUGAUCCAACAAUAGUAAAACAACAACAACAUUGUCAAAGGAACAAAAAUGUCUUCAAAGUGCAGUAAAAUUCGCCACAUUGUACGCCUCCGCCAGAUGCUACGACGCUGGAGAAACAAAGCACGUAUUUCAUCAGCUAAUCGUGCACCGUCUGAUGUACCAUCUGGACACGUGGCAGUAUGUGUUGGAGCUAACUACACCAGAUUUGUGGUGCGUGCUACGUACCUUAACCACCCCAUUUUUCAGAAGCUUUUGGUUCAAGCUGAAGAAGAGUAUGGUUUCUCUAACCAUGGACCGCUUACUAUUCCUUGUGAUGAAGAAUUCUUUGAAGAAGCUCUAUGGUUUAUUUCCCGGUCCGGUUCGAAUAAUGGAUCAAACCGGUUUGAAGAUUUUCAGAGACGUUGCCACGUGGGAAUUAGAACCAAUGUGGAUUUCUGGCCCGAAUCUCGACCGCUACUCCAUGGUCUAAGUGAAAAAACCAUUUGGUAGCAGUCUAAUUGAACCGAACCGAUUGAUUCGGUUCAAUUUCUGGUGGUUAACCCACUUGGAUUGGUUCGGAGAAAUUUAUGUUUGGUGAAGAACGAUCCAAAGUGUUUUGAGUUUUAUUAUUUUUCGAGUUCCGGUGGGGACUUAAAAUCUAGCUAGAGAUUGUUUCGGCCAAUAUUGGAAUUCAGAUUUGAGUUUGAAUUUGAACCUUCAAAUGGAGCGGCACAAAAUUCAAGAGAAGAUAUCUGAUCCGACUCUGACUCGAGUGAUUAAUCUUUGCAGAUAACCAAGUUGGUUUUUGAAACCAAUUGAGACUUUUACUUGUUACAUUGAAGACUCUCCCAAGGAUUUAUUUAUACAAGGUAAAUUGUGGGUUUCACAUUGUUACCCCAAUUUUCCUUUUUUCCAUAUGGAGAUGAGAUUUUUUUAGGCCAUCUCAGUUGUAUUGUAUUUAAUUUAUGUGCAUUAUUAUAUCUUGCACUAAAAAAAAGAAAACAAUUUUACAAUGCUCCGGGGAUGCUAAGGAGAUGGCUACAACUGAGUCGUCCCGAGUUCGGAUCCGAGUGAAGGUAGCGAGUUGAUGAGGAUCAUUAUUAUUAUUUUCAUUUCUGGUAACUUUUGUAAACUACUGUGUAUGUAAUCUUGAUUCAUGUUCAUGAAAUGAAAUGGAACUGUAGAGAAUAUUGAAUUUUCAAAA